UUAUUUCACGGGCAUUCUCGCGAUAGUUUAGCCAAAAUACAGAAAACAUGGCGGACAGGCUAACACAACUACAAGACGCUGUCAAUUCGCUUGCAGAUCAGUUUUGCAAUGCCAUCGGCGUCCUGCAGCAGUGUGCUCCUCCUGCCUCCUUCAAUAACAUCCAGACGGGUAUCAACAAAGACCAGCCAGCAAACCCAACCGAAGAAUAUGCCCAGCUAUUUGCAGCCCUGAUCGCCAGAACAGCCAAAGAUGUGGAUGUACUCAUCGACUCUCUGCCCAGUGAGGAGUCCACUGCAGCUCUGCAGGCGGCCAGUCUGCGGCAGCUGGAGGAAGAGAACCACGAUGCAGCCGCCCGUCUGGAGGAGGUGGUGUACCGCGGGGACAUGCUUCUGGAGAAGAUCCAGAGCGCCCUGGCUGACAUCGCCCAGUCUCAGCUCCGCACCCGCAACGGAGCACCCCCCCAGCCCUCCCCGGCCGAAUCCUGACCCGGACAAUAAUAUGUCUUUUCCUUCAUUUUAAAACUUUAUUUUUACCCUUUUUCAAACCUUAAAAAACUCCAAAAUAUGCGGAAAAUGCCUGUAAAGGUAAUUUGAAAUGUAAGAUAAUUGAGUUGCUUAUUGAGAUGGUAUUGUCCCACAGCAGCCCCCAGUCUCAAGGCAAACACACGCUGAAAAAGGUCUUCACAUACUCACUGUUUCAUAUAUGGACCUUACUGCUGGUGCCAAGAUACUUGUGUAUGCUCCAAAUGGCCAUCCUGUCAUGUUUUUUAUGUUGUACAUUGGUUAAGUCUGUUUUGUAUAUUUAUGAAUGAAAUGAUAUUCUUAUUUUGGAGUAUCUGUACUGAAAAACCUGGACACUUUGCAACUAACAAACACUCUCAGCUCAUUGUAAAUCUGAGGUGUUGUUUUUUUAAUAAAGCUUGAAAAAACACUUUUGAGGAA